AUGGAGGCUUUCACGUUGUGUAAGGGAUUAUUGAAUCCGAAAACCUUCAACAAGUUCAGUUUUAUAGUAAAUGUUCUUUGGAUUCUAGCUGGGAUCACAUUGUUUGCAGUGUUAAUCAAAGAAUCGAGGUCUGACUUCCGCUGUGAUGUGAACAAUGCUAAAGUCGACAAGGACUUCGUCACUCAGAAGUGUUUCGUGGAAUACGAAAAGCUAUACAACAAGCUGUCUGUUCCUCUUUACGGUUUUGUGAUUGCUAACUUCUCUUUUCCUUUUAUUGUUUGCGUGAUAUAUUCAAUAUGGGCGACGCCAAGAGUAAAGAAACUUGAAAGCAGAAAUAUAGAUGCUAACACAACUCAAAGAAAACUCUUUACAACGUACUGUUGUCAACUUGCCACUAGAUUUUGUGUCGGGAUUGUUUUUAUCCUCCUUCUAUUAAGUGAAGUCUUUUAUCCUCGUGAAUUUCCGUUAAACUUCAAGUGUAACUUCAUGAGAGAAGUCAAUCAAUCAGCAAAUACGACUGGGACAGCACAAACUCCAACUUAUGAAUGCAACAAUAAGCGAGCUCAUCCGAAAACCUUUUGGAUGUAUGCCGUAAGUGGGGCGAAUGGAAUUCUUGCAGCUCUUCUUUUAUUUGAGUGUUUUGUUAUUUUGUCUCGGGCAAGAAAAUGGGGAAAACACUUCAUGAAUGACUUACAGUUCUAUACUGAUCAUCUUACAUCUACCGGCAAUUACAAUCCCCUGGAAGAACGGGUGCAGCUUGAGGAACGAUUACACGGAGAAUGUUCAGCUCAGUUGGAAACUUCUAUCAAGUCCAUGAAGGAAAGUGUCUUAAAGAAUACCGAUCGACUUAGAGACCUCUCGUCACCCUUGAAACCGAACCCGGGUGAAGGCGAUAAACCUAAAGAUUUUAAACUCGACCAAAUUUACACUAAUUUAAUUUUUCAUCCUGGAAGAGCCGAUUAUCACUUUCCUGAAAACCGACGGGAACAGCUAAAAAUGUACCCCAAACCAGAGAGAAAAUUACCACCAAAGAGACCCGGAGAUAUUGUUGAUGAUCUGCACAAGAAUAUUCUAAUCGUUGGUCGCCCUGGAAUCGGCAAAACAUUGUUUUGCACGAAGUUUUUACGUCUUUGGGCAAGCGACCGCUUAUUCGAGGAAGCGCAAAAUCCAGAAUUACGAUUUGACGUUGCUUUCCUCGUUAAAUUUAGGAGACUGAACUUUACUGCUAAGCUUAACCUACGAGAACUAUUGGAUUACUCAGAAUUUUCAACAGAUAUGACUGAUGAGGUAUGGCACUACAUUCGUGAAAACCCAAGCAAAGUACUUUUUGUUUUCGAUGGAAUUGACGAAUACUCUGCAAGGAAAAAGAUACAAGAAGAUGACUCUAUUUAUAGAGACACCGUGGAAGAAAAAAUGCCUUUACAUGCAUUGUACACGAAGAUUACGUCGGGAAAACUUCUUGAUGGAGCCACUGUUUUAACGACUACAAGACCUACUGCUGUAUCAUGCGUAAGAGACCCUGACCCUAGCAGAGUAAUUGAAAUUCUUGGAUUUUCAUCAGGGCAAGUGAAAAACUACGUGGAGAAGUACACAGGCGAUGACAAAGAUGCAGGAGCAACGAUAUGGCAACAUAUCAGCAACAACCUUAACCUCUUUUCGCUGUGUUAUAUUCCUGUCAACUGUUUCAUCAUUUGUUCGUGCCUGCUAUACAUCCUAAAGACCCAAUUAACUUCAUAUUCCGCUGAUGCUUUUGCAAGGUUACCAACUAAACUCACUCAUAUACAAUGUAUACAGCUGCGCCGUAAAGCUUAUAUUCUUCAGGCACAGUAACAGAUACCGUAAUAAAACUGUUGGCCAGGACGAAAUUACGACACCAUUCGAAGAGCUGCCUGAAGAUGUGAAAGGGGAUUUUAAGAAGCUGGGAACAAUUGCUUUUAAAGGAAUUAAAGAAGGAAGAUUAACCUUUGAAUCAGAAGAAGUUGCGAACCUAGAGGAUUGUGGCCUACUUCAUCGCUUGCCUGAUUUAAAACCAGGGGCGAAGCGACCUCUCGAAAACCCAAAGCUCAAUACUGCUUCCAGCAUCUGA